GUAGACUUGGAGCGGACGAGAGUGCAAAUGCUUACGCGAUGAAUUGACCGCCGAUCAUUCUGCCUUGCACCGCGCCCACACAGUCAUUGGCGACACGUCUUCGAAAGAGUCCAAAGCAAGCCUCAUGCGAACGCGCAUUGUUCUUCUCGCUGCUCUCAAACAACUCCACUGGGCGUUUCCCGUCUGCAGCCCUCUUCCAGGCGGGAAUAAGUCAGCUACCACCAUCUACGGCUCUUCUAAACUUCCAAGAUCCCAAUUUCGCAAGCUUCCCCACUCACGACCGGGAUUGCACCAGUGAUCUGUGGAAUAGCUCGCGACGGUCUUCUGCUCCGAUCGUAUCGAACUGCUCUUUCGCCACCCCCACCCUCAUGCGAACCGUACCGUACGCUCUAUUACAUUCUCGCCUGCAUACCGCCUCGUGGCUUGGAAUGAAGGUAUGCACACGAAGAAGCAGAGAUGACGAUCUGGGUCCUCAGGGGACCCACGAAGCCCCCGCUCGCCGUGUCCCGGCACAGCUCGCCUUUUUUUCCCGCUCCCCUCGUCCUAUGCCGUUGUCCAGGUAUGGCGACUCCUGCCUGACAUGCCAUUCUUCCCGCACUAUCAACACGCCAUUGCCAUUGAUGGGAGGCCCAAGCGGACCCCGUCUCAUUCUCCAUGCAUGUGUCCAGUCCGGAUGCCUCAUCCUGGUCGCAGAUCUCACCGAUCUCAUUGGCGGCUGGUUCUGCAGCAGUCUCCGUCGAAGGCGGGUGAGGAUGAAUUUGGCACAGAUGUGGGACGAUGGACCGGGAAGCCAGAGCCCGAGUCGAAAGCUGGUAGCCUGGGCCAUCUGAAUCAGUGAUGGCCGUCGCCUCCUCAGAGCGCACUUGAUCACCGCACCCCUCCUGCCAGUCCUUCGUUCGUCAUUCGUACAGCAUGAGGGCAUGAUCUCCACAGAGGUCGGAUGUGCUCUCCAACAUCACCCGCUCCACUCGCAUUCGCGCCUCGAGGACUUUUCCGGGAUUCUGCGAAGAUGCGCAAAGUCGAGUUCUUCUGUGUUGCCAGAGAAUGCGUAGACAGGCACGAUGUGUACGAUUUGGCUCCCAUAAUGCAGUCCUUCUGAGCAGAUCGA